AUGCCUCACCGCGCCGGUUACGCUCCGCCGAAGCCUCCGGACUCCCCGGCGGAUGAUUCCGACUCCGACCUCGAUCUCGACCUCGAAGAGCUCGACCCGACGACCUCCUCGACCCAUCGAAGCCCCGACCGUCUGCACCCCGAUAGCUCGACGACCCCCGAGAGGAAAUCUCCCGGUAUAGCCCUUCGAAAUCUCCGAAUGAGUGGGUUGCGCCGAUCCGGAAGGAGGGGAGCCGGGAGGUACGGUGAGCUCGGGGAAAACAGAGACGGAGUGGGAGAGCAUGGAGAGGCGAUCCUGGGAGACGGUGGUGGGGCUGGACGUAGGUAUUCUGAGGGAUCUGGCGACGAUGCCCCGUUACUAGCGGAGCGCUCCCCGCGAUCCCGCCGGCGGUCUUUUACCCAUAAUAUAGGGUCGGCGAUUCGGAUACCGAGUUUCAUGUCGUCCUCGUCGAAUCGCGGCGAUUCGGAUGAUGAGGAUAGCCAAGACGAAGACGACCCCUCGGCGUCGCGGCACGUCGCCGUAGGAUCGACGCAGACGACGAAGUUCCCCCCGAAUAUCGUCUCCAACGCGAAAUAUACCGCUCUCACCUUCUUACCGAUAACUCUCUACAAUGAAUUCUCCUUCUUCUUCAACAUGUACUUUUUACUCGUCGCCUUGUCGCAAGCGAUACCCGCCCUCCGAAUCGGAUACCUUUCUACCUACAUUGCACCGCUGGCGUUUGUACUAAUGAUAACGAUGGGCAAGGAGGCCUGGGACGACAUUGGCCGGAGGCGCAGGGAUAAUGAGGCCAAUGCGGAGGAGUAUACCGUUCUCCAUUUCGGGUACCCUGGAGAGAUGCGGGGUGCUAGCGUACGGAGCCGAAAGAGACUACGGUCUGAGAUGAUUCGGAAGCCGGGGAAGCGACCACUCUCCCCUCGGGAUCGGCUGUCUGACAUACAAGAGGAGGAAGAGGAACUUGAGGGUUCUGGCCAGCCGUCUCAUCCGUCUUCCACUGUGCAGGAGAUCAGCCGCAAGUCUCGAGAUUUGAAGGUUGGUGACGUUCUCAAGCUCAGUAAAGGACAGAGAGUUCCUGCCGAUGUGGUCAUUUUGAAGUGCUACACGGCCGAUCUCGCCAAGGCUUCUCCGGAGGACGAGGACGAAGACGGGAGGGGAGAUGACGGGGUCGCAGAGGCUGAAAAUCUCCUUGUGGACACAGGUUCCGAGGAUCAAAAAGCUGGAGAUGGCUCCGCAUCCGUGAGCGCUGAUGCUGAAGACUCAGAUGAUAGUUCCACGGGCGAAACUUUUAUUCGAACCGAUCAACUUGAUGGCGAAACCGACUGGAAGCUGCGGCUCGCAUCGCCCUUGACCCAGAAUCUUGCUACGGAGGAGUUUGUCCGCCUACGGGUGACCGGUGGCAAGCCCGACAAGAAGGUCAACGAGUUUCUAGGAACAGUAGAGUUAAUGGGCAGCCGGGAAGAGGCUCAGGAUCACCAUGCCAAACUUCAGAACAAUGCUGGAGAUCACUCAACCUCGGCUCCCCUGUCUCUUGAUAACACAGCGUGGGCGAAUACCGUCAUUGCUUCGCAGGGUACGACCCUGGCUGUGAUCAUGUAUACCGGCCCCCAGACCCGCUCGGCACUUUCCACGGCCCCAUCACGUUCCAAGACUGGCCUUUUGGAAUACGAAAUCAACUCUCUUACCAAGAUCCUCUGCGCAUUGACUCUAACCCUCUCCAUCGUUCUUGUCGCCUUGGAAGGUUUCAACAAUACCGAAGGAAACAGAUGGUACAUCAAGAUCAUGCGUUUCCUCGUCCUCUUCUCGACCAUUGUCCCAAUAAGCUUGAGAGUCAACCUUGACAUCGGAAAGAGCGCGUACUCAUGGUUCAUCCAGCGGGAUCCGGGCAUCCCCGGCGCCGUCGUGCGAACGAGUACGAUCCCCGAGGAUCUGGGGCGUAUCGAGUAUCUUCUCAGCGACAAGACUGGCACACUCACGCAAAACGAAAUGGAGAUGAAGAAGAUUCACGUCGGCACGGUUUCGUAUGCCAACGAUGCGAUGGACGAAGUCGCAUCUUACAUUUCGCAAGGUUUCCACAUCCAGCCGACUCUCGACCCUUCCUCUAAGACUGCCCUCAUCACGCCCUCUGCGUCUUAUUCGGCUUCUGGAAAUGUCGGGGGUGCCACGAGGACCCGACGUGAGAUUGGAUCUCGUGUCCGGGAUGUCGUUCUCGCCCUCGCGCUGUGCCACAAUGUUACUCCUACUAUGGAGGAGGAGGAUGGAAAGAUGGUCACUUCUUACCAAGCUUCGUCGCCUGAUGAAAUUGCCAUUGUUCGAUGGACGGAAUCUGUGGGCCUCCGACUUGCGCACCGCGACAGGAAGGGCAUGAUCCUCGAAUCGACUGGCACGCGCAGACGGGUCGUGCAAGUUAGGAUUCUUGAUAUUUUCCCUUUCACCUCCGAAGGCAAGCGCAUGGGUAUCAUUGUGCAAUUCUACGAGCACGCCUCGCACAAGACCCCCGAUUUGUCGAGCGGAGAGAUCUGGUUCUACCAAAAGGGUGCCGAUACGGUCAUGGGAUCCAUCGUGGCGGCAAACGACUGGCUCGACGAAGAGACAGCAAACAUGGCUCGCGAAGGUCUCCGCACUCUCGUCGUCGGCCGGAAGCGUCUCUCGUACCAGCAGUACCAAGAAUUUUCCUCGGCUUACCAAGAGGCAGCUCUGCUGAUUUCGGGCCGCGACGCGGGCAUGCAAAGGGUUGUCUCGCAGUACCUCGAACGCGAUCUCGAGCUCCUCGGUGUCACCGGCGUCGAAGACAAGCUGCAACGCGACGUCAAGCCCUCUCUCGAACUCCUACGGAACGCCGGCAUCAAGAUCUGGAUGCUCACAGGUGACAAGGUCGAAACGGCGCGCUGCGUCGCCGUCAGCUCGAAGCUCGUCGCCCGCGGUCAGUAUAUCUAUACGGUGGCGAAGCUGAGCCGAAAGGACGGCGCGCAGGAACAUCUCGACUUCCUCCGCAGCAAGCCGGACUCGUGCCUCCUCAUCGACGGCGAGAGCCUCGCGCUGUACCUCACGCAUUUCCGCAUCGAGUUCAUCUCCGUCGCCGUGCGUCUGCCCACGGUCGUAGCGUGCCGCUGCUCCCCAACGCAAAAGGCCGAGAUUGCGAAGCUCAUCAAGGAGUAUACCAAGAAGCGCGUGUGUUGUAUCGGCGAUGGUGGGAACGACGUUUCGAUGAUCCAGGCCGCUGAUGUUGGUGUUGGUAUUGUGGGUAAGGAGGGGAGGCAGGCAUCACUUGCUGCGGACUUUUCGAUUGAACAGUUUUGUCAUUUGACGAAGUUGCUGGUGUGGCAUGGGCGGAAUAGCUAUAAGCGGAGUGCGAAGCUAGCGCAGUUUGUUAUACAUCGUGGGCUUAUCAUUGCUGUGUGUCAGACGAUGUACAGCAUUGCCAUGAACUUUGAGCCUGAGGGUUUGUACAAGGACUGGCUCCUCGUCGGCUACGCUACAAUCUACACCGCCGCCCCCGUCUUCUCCCUUGUCCUCGACAAAGACGUCGACGAAAACCUCGCCAACCUCUAUCCAGAGCUCUACAAGGAACUCACAGAAGGCCGCUCCCUCUCCUACCGCACCUUCUUCAUCUGGGUCUUCGUGUCCAUCUACCAAGGCAGCAUCAUCCAGGGCCUCUCGCAGAUCCUCACCGAGGUGGACGGCGACCGCAUGCGGGCCGUCAGCUACACGGUGCUGGUGCUCAACGAGCUGCUGAUGGUGGCGAUCGAGAUUACGACGUGGCAUCCUGUUAUGGUGGCCUGUAUUUUGGGGACGUUUUUGAUGUAUGCUGGGUCGGUGCCGUUUUUGGGGGAUUAUUUUGAUUUGGCGUUUGUGAUUACUUGGGGCUUCUUGUGGAGGGUCCUCGCCAUUGGAGCUAUCUCGCUGGUGCCGCCGUAUGCGGUCAAGGUGAUAAGCCGGACGAUGAAGCCACCUUCGUAUAGGAAGGUGCAGAACAGAUAG